GUUUGUGCUUUAGUAGAAUAGAAGGCCAGAAGGGGCAUGGUGAUCGGACAGCAGUCACUUCAGAUAACAGUACAGAUUUUUAGCUGUAUUAUUUACCAAAGAAUCUCUCAGGCCUGAGUAAAAUCUGAAGCAAACUGCAGGUUUUCUUCUUUGAACACCUCAGUUCAAUUCAGAUACGAGGCCAUGAGCCAUGAGAGUCCCCCCCGUUUAGCUUUUCAGAGUGUGUCUUUUUAAGUCUUUUCCUCAUUUCCUGUUUGCCUUCCUCAGUAACUAGCAUUUAUUGGUGUCACCGAACAAGGUUUUCGUUGGUUGGCUGUCAUGUUCCACAAGAGCCAAAGAUUCUCCAUUUCUUGAAAUUUCAAAAUAUCUUAAUCAAAUGGGCCGCCUUGGUUUCUGGUUUUGAGUCAAUUUCUCUCACUUUCUUCCUCCUUCGCAGCCUCGUGGAUAUCCAUCUCAGAGAAAACAUCUAAAUGUUUCGUGUGCCUAAAAUGGCUCCGCAAAACAGAAUGGUACUUGAGAAUUUCGGAACUUCUUUUCUGGGUGUUGCAUGAGUAUUUGGUUUGGUUCUUCUCAAGUACUGUCUUUGGUUUUUGAGUUGUUAGUUUAAGUGUUUGGUUUCUGAAAAUGGGAAGGAAAUCUCAGUCAAGUGGGUAUUGUGACUAAAGUAGAAAAAAAAUUGUAGAGAAAGAGUUGGUGGCAUCUAGCUUUUUUCUUUUUUGUUUGUUUGUUUCAGCUUUCCAUGGUGGAAAAAGAAUGGUAAAUACGAAUUGAAAGUGAUGUGCUUUUUUGAGAAUGAAGAAUGGGAAAACAAUGAAGGGUUGUGAAGCUUUGUAGGCUGAUUAGGUAGGAGGCGAGAAGGAAAAUAUGCCAACAGUGUGGUUCUCUCUAAAGAGGUCUCUACACUGUAAAUCAGAGCCAUCAGAUGUUCACGACCCACAAUCGAGGAAGCAAUUGGGCACAAUCUUGACUAGAAAAGCAGGAAGGUCAGGGUGUUCAAGGUCUAUAGCAAAUCUCAAAGAUGUCAUCCAUGGAAGUAAGAGACAUUUGGAGAAGCCACCAAGUUGCAGUCCAAGAUCUAUUGGGAGCAGUGAGUUCCUCAACCCAAUAACCCAUGAAGUGAUUUUGAGUAACUCAAGGUGUGAGCUCAAAAUCACUGGUUUUGGUGGUUUCCACGAAGGGGGUGGUGGUGGUGGUUUUACUGGUAACAAUGGCGGCGGCGGCGGCGGCGGUUCAACCUUUGUGGGCACUUUAACGCCUGGGACUCCUGGCCCUGGAGGGCACCCUACAAUGCACUACUUUAAUCCUUCUGUUAGGACAUCAUCAACUCCACCAAGGAAGUCUCCUUUUGCUGUAUCAGAUAGAGAAGGGUCUGGAUUAGGGAGUUCUGCUGUUUUUGGUGGUGGUGGAAUUCAUUCAAGCAAUAGGGUCUCUCUUGAAACAGAGUCUAAUGGUUCUUCUGCGGUUACUUGCCAUAAAUGCGGAGAGCAGUUUAGCAAAUGGGAAGCUGCUGAAGCUCAUCAUCUCUCCAAGCAUGCUGUUACUGAACUUGUGGAAGGCGACUCAUCUAGGAAAAUUGUUGAAAUUAUAUGCCGGACGAGCUGGUUGAAGUCUGAGAACCAUUGUGGCCGGAUUGAGAGAGUUCUAAAAGUUCAUAACAUGCAAAAAACUCUUGCUCGAUUCGAAGAAUAUAGGGAGAUGGUGAAAAUCAAAGCCAGCAAACUCCCCAAGAAACACCCUCGGUGCCUCGCCGAUGGUAAUGAACUUCUGAGGUUCUAUGGCACGACUGUGUCAUGCUGUCUUGGUCUAAAUGGUUCCUCCAGCCUCUGUGUAUGGGAAAAAUGUUGUGUUUGUCGAAUCAUUAGAAAUGGGUUCUCUGCCAAGAAGGAGCUCAAGGAUGGAAUAGGUGUUUUCACCACUUCCACAAGCGGAAGAGCUUUUGAAGGUAUUGAAAUUCUUGAGGAAAACCCAGCUGUUAGAAAAGCCUUGAUAGUCUGCAGAGUGAUUGCUGGGAGGGUUCACAGGCCUUUGGAGAACAUACAAGAAAUGGCUGGCCAAACAGGAUUUGAUUCAUUGGCUGGUAAAGUAGGUCUCUAUUCAAAUAUUGAGGAGCUUUAUUUGCUCAAUCCAAGAGCUCUCCUUCCUUGCUUUGUGGUAAUCUGCAAACCCUGAAGAAAGAUAGAAAGAUCUUCUCUUACAUGUAUCAUUUUUAAGUUAUGUGAAUCCCUUUAGGUUUUUCAAAUCUUUUCUUCUGGAGGUUUUUGUUUUCCAUUUAUUUGUUAAGGACUUUGAUUCUUCUUUCAAGCCUCUAGUUGCUUGCCAAUAUAUUGAAGAUUUGUACUUCUUUCCUACCUUUUCA